AUGAAGGCCCUGACGAGGCUUGACUUGGUCAAAAUCGGAAAUAUGAUCCAGUCUACCAUUGAAGAAGAACCAGCGCGGUUUGUACAAGGACUGCACAAGGGCGACGAAAUGGUUGCGCGCUUCAAAACGAAGUAUGAAGCACGCGGAGAGGAGCAGAAGUUGUUGCGGUGGGAUGAUCUUCAAGAGUGCAGCUAUACCGGAGGAUGCCCUAUUCGAUACGUGACCAACUUCAACAACUUGGUAGCUCGCAACUGUGACGUGGGCAACACAGUGAUGCAGUUGCAACAGAGAGCCUUGUUCCUUGCCGGCACACGAGAAAAGACCAAGGCAUGGGAGAAGCAGCAGCGCUCCUUCGUUCGAUACACCUCCGGCACGGGCAUGUCGCUCCAGGCUCUCCAAAACGACUUCGUGAGUGAAUUUCGGGACCGUAUCGACAAGAAGGGCGACGGCAAGGCAGCGAGCAAGGAGAAGGACUCGUCCCACAACGCGGAUCGCAAGGAGCCGAAGGACAAGUCAAAGAUCAAGUGUUGGAAGUGUGGCAACCACGGCCACUACAAGAACGAAUGCCCUGCUGGAACAAGCGAUGAUAAGGGCACGCAGUACACCAAGCGAGGAACCAAAAGCCACGCUGCUACGGUUGAACCUCCUGUGGGACUGGAAGACCUUACCGACGUCCCUGGCCCGAACCGCUGCUUCUGA